AUGUCUUUGAUUCGGUCAGUAAAAAAUAUAACAAAUUGGGGAAAAGAUAAUGAAACAGUAACAUUUGAUGAAACAGUUUCAUAUCAUUUUGAAGAAAAAUUAUCAAAAGGAAAAGAAACAGAUGAAGUGUAUCUACUAAAUCUGCCUGCAGUGUUAAUUGGUUUUACUCUUCAAAUGGCUUUUACUCUACAGUUGAAUAUAGUUGUCAAACAAUCAGAUAAUCUCUGGUAUCUUAGAAAAAUGAAUGAAACAGUUUUUCCAGUUGCAUGGUUUACACAGACAGCUGAUUUACCAGAAGAUUUUGCAAAAGAAGUUUAUGACAUGAUUAUGACACCACAAAUAUAUGGAAAAUAUGCAGUGAUGCUUGUGAUAGGACUUGGAAUUAUGGGAAUAUCUUCAGCAAUACUUAAUAAUAUAUAUCCAAUGAUAAAGAAAAAGAAGCCAUCUACACCCAGUAGGAAAAUUUUACCUAUAAAUAAAAAUACUUCCAAGACACAAGUUGAAAAAUUUUGAAAAUUUCAAUAUUUUUAUACAAAUUACUUAUAAUUUUAUAGUGAAUCAAUUCUUUCAAAACUAAUUCUAUAAUUUAUUUCCUUAGCAAAAUAUGUUUUUUUUUUUUUUUCACAUUAUAUUAAUUUUAUUCCUUUUACAUUUGAUUUCAAUACAACAUUGUUACAGAAUAAUAAGUAAAGACUUCAUUUAAAUUUAUUUUGUGGCCAGAAUGAGUCUAUUUGAUGAAGUAAACAGUUUAAAGAUUCAUAAACUAUUAAAUUAUAUAAUAUUUUAGAAAUCUCUCUCAACUAUUUAAACUACUGAAUUU